AUGAGUGCAGUUAAUUCACCAAAUAAUGAUGCUCAAAAUGUUGGAAUACCUGUUAAUACACCAGGUAGCGGACUUAGUCCACAAGGUGUCGCUGUAAACCUUAGUAUGAAUAAUAGAAACAAUAGUAAUGCCAGUAGUAAUGGAAGUUUUACUAAUAAUGGAAUUACUCAUGGAUCACCUAUAGGUAGUGGUGUUACCGGGAUUCAUACUGGUUUAGCAAUGACUAGUCCCAUAAAUACGUCAGGAAAUAUACCUAUGAAUGUUUCAACAGGACCAUCUCAGACAAAUUCAAGAUUGACUCAAGCUCAAUUACAAUUAUUACAACAACAGCAACAAAAAUUACAAGCUGGAACACCACAGCAACAACAACAACAGAAACAAAAAAUGAUAAUGCAACAAAGAGCAUUACAACAACAAAGACAACAACAAGCAAUGCACAAUUUCGAAACACAAUUUUAUCAAUUAUUAAUGACAAUUAAUAAGAAACCAAAGAGACUUUAUAAUUUUGUUGAAGAUACAGAUUCAAUUUUAAAAAAAUAUGAAAAGUAUAGACCUAGUUUUGAAUUUCAUAUUUAUGAAAAUAAUUAUAAGAUAUGUGCUCCUGCAAAUACAAGAGUACAACAACAACAAAAAUCUCCAGAGAUUUCCAAUGAUGGUCUUGUAUUAAAUAAAAAUAAUGAAAUCUUGAAGGAUUUUUUAGAAUAUGUUGCUAGAGGUAUAAUGCCAGAAGCCUUAAUGGAAGUUCUAAGAGAUUGUAAUUUACAAUUAUAUGAAGGGAAUAUUGUCUUACAAGUUUAUGAUCAUACAAACACAGUAGAUAUAAUACCGAAAGAUUUACCAAAAGAAAGUACCACAUCCAAUCCACAAUCACAGGGACAAGACUCGCAACAAAUUGUUAAACCUGAUACACAGUCACAAAGUAGUAAUACCCUAAAUUCUGUUACUAACGACAUUAAGAAAGAAACACCUGAUAAUAACAGUGGAAACUCAACUAGUUCGUCAGAAAGAGCCAAUGUAGUUAAGACAUCGUUUAGAAGACCAAGGGUUUAUAGAACCUUAUUACGACCAACAGAUUUGUCAAGUUAUUACGAUAUGAUGACUUACGCAGAUCAAGCAAGAUUUUCUGAUACUAUAUAUAACCAAUUAGAAGCAGAAUUACUAGUACUCACCAAACGUAAUAUUGAUCUUAACGUGAACUUGAAUCCAUAUGAACAUCAAGAAAAGAUUAGUGAAUCUAAUUUUACAGUACCAAGAUGGGAUGAAGAAAUGCAAAGAAUACAUUUCCCUCAUAGAAAAUUAUCCACAGAUGAAAAGACUAGAGGUGGCGCAGGUCAUAUAAGCCAACAUGAAGAAUUACCGCAACAUAACUCAACCUAUGAACAAAUGAUGUUGAUCAUGGGUGAAAGAACCACGACGACAACAAAUUCGGCGUUUGCAGCAGCUUUGGCAAGACAUGCAACAGAAUUGAAAUCGUCAAAAUCUGGUUCAAGUGGAUCUGGUGGUUCGAAGGGUAUAUCAGGUGGUGGCAGAAACACAGGAGGAUCUUCGAAUUCAGAUGGUGGUCAAUCUUCUAUUGCUGCUGCAAAUGCAGCAGCCGCAGCAUCCAGUGUGACUAGCGAAAAUAAUCAAUUUAGCAGAUUGAAAUUUAUUGAGCAAUAUCGUGUAAACAAAGAGAAGAGAAAACAACAACAAGCAUUAAACAUGGUUAACGGAAAUGGUGGAGUAAAUGGUGCUACUCUGCCAUUCAAUAUGAAGAUAUCUAUGGCAAUGACUGGUUCUGAGACAAAUGGUACAGCACAGAAACAAAAGGGCCCAGGAGGUAAGAAGGAGGCCGGUGGGCAAGCAAAGGGUAAAGGGACAAAUAAACGAGGUAGUAAUUCUGAUAAGCCAAAGGCUAAGAGACCUCGUAAACCUAAGAAGGUACCAGCGAAUGGUGAAACCCCUAAGAAAAAACGUGUGACGAAGAAGAAGGCUGCUGCCGCUGCCGCUGCUGCUGCUGCUGCUGGUACAGUAAGUACACCAGCUGGGAACGAUAUCGGUUCAAUGACAGGUACACCUUCUAGUAUUAAAUCGACUGGUUCACCACCUACAGUAACGCCUAAAUAG